UUGUUGCAUGUGUGGGGCAACAUAGUUUUGGCUAUUGGAAUAUGAGGGUAGAUCUUCAGCCACUAAUGUUGAACUGAACAUCAAGUUGGUUGUAGGACACUCUUAAUAUUUUAGAGUUGAUGAAAGCUCGGGGAAAAUAAAUAUAAUUUUGAUUUGUUUUAGUAGUUGUGCACUUGACACAGAGAGAGAGGCAGAAACUGCAGGUGUGGUCUCGAAUUAUGCCUUACAGAGAGUCCUUCACUUGGGCUAUUGUUCCUUUAUUUGAUAAUAGCAUUGGUGCAGCUUCUGGUGGAUCUGCUUCUUCUAGUAGCCCUUUUGCUCCCAGCAUGUCUGGGUCUAGUUCCCAUGAGGGUGUCCUUGAAUAGUAACCUUAGAAGAUGUGGUUGAGGAGAUUGAUGGAGAAAUCUUUGAUGAAAAUGAUUCAAAGGAGGAGAUCCAGAAGAAAAUUGGCUAUAUUGUAAUGAGAGCGAGGGAGUAUAUGAUGUUGAGGCCAAUUCAUCUAUUUAUUUGCCAUCUGAGGACUUGAAUACCAAAAUGCCAGAGAUAAACAAAGGGAAACAAUGUCAGAGGCCAAAGAAGUAACUCAAUUGAUUCCCAAAAUCAUGAAGAGGAAAGGGAAUGGUGACAAAUUGGAUAACAUUACCUAUGCUGAGAAUGCAUUUCAAAAGAGAGAAGAGAAUUGCUUUUCUGAUCGCUAUGUAGUUGCUGAAGAUACAUAAGCUAAUGGAAAUUAGCUACAUUGCAUAUUCUGUUUUCUUUUUCUUUAGCUCCUUUUUUUUUCCUUUCCCAUAUUCUUACUGCACCAUGAAGAAGAAACAGAAGGAAACCACAGGAUUACUAGAUAGACUAACAUUGUU